ACGCGAAAGCGAUUACGUAUUUAGCCCGCGACAAGCGUUUACAACAGUAAACCGUAGCAAACUCUUGCAGCGUGUGAUAUACCGGAGAGCAAAAAACUUGAAAUCUUAAUAACAUCCACAUUCAUUUGUUUCCUCCUCUGUUGGCGACCCCAGUUUCAGCUCAAAGGUAAGUUCAUUUUGCAACCGUUGGUAUACCUAACCGGCAACGUUUAGCCAACGUAGGCUAACGAGAUGCUAAUACAGCAACAAAACGCCACAUUAAUGAAUGAUGAAACCAGAGAGUUUAAAUGUGGCCAGUUAUUCAGCUUUUUGUCUUCACAAAGAAAUCAUUGCGUGUUGUAUUUAUAGAGGAGUGUAAAAAGUCUAAGCUGGACUUAAAUAUCUGGUAUAUUAAGUAUUAAAUAGCCCCUUAUAUCUAAGUGAUCAUGUGCCAAUAAAAGACCAUAACAUUUUAAAAGAGAUGAACCAGCAUCCAAGACUAUGAAUUAUCAUGGUUUAUAGUGUUGAUCUGUAUUUUGGUUUAAAAGGAGGGCGUUCAUGUUAUUAACUGUAAAGAUUAACAGCUUAAGGAGACAUGUUUACCUUGUACUACAAACGCAGCACAGUCAGUUGCUUCAUGUAAAAUAAAUCAACAUCCUAUCUUUAAUUUGAACAAAGUUAUGAUCCUUAAGCAGUUGUAAUUUCUUAGAUUGUGAUAAACAUAUUGGCUAAGCGGCUAGGACAGAGAUUUGCAUGUUAAACUACAGGGAUGCACCGAUCCGAUAUUUGGAUUGGAUACCGGCUCCGAUAUUGACAAUUUAACUUGAUCGGAUAUCGGAUGAAUGAUGCCGAUCCAGCAUUCCGAUCCAUUUUUUUUCUUUUAAUUAAUUUUUCUUGAAAUACAUGGAAGUCUUACUUCUUUUUGCUGUGUGCUAAUGUGCAAUUUGUUAUUUGUUAAUAAAAAUAUUACGUAAGUUAUAUCUGUGUUAAUUUGUUACCUUUUUUUUUAACAAGGCUUAUGUCAAGUCUGAUGCCUACACUCACAGGGCAAGGUAUACAGUUCAUUCAUUCAACAGUAGUAUUGGAUUGGUAUCGGAUAUUGGCCGUUACACUCAGCCCAGGUAUCGAUGUUGGAUUGGAUCGGAAAAAAAUGGAUCACUGCAUCUUUAGUAAUUUUGACGGGGGUUCCUUUUACAUUUUGUCCAGUUUGAAUAAUUGAGGGGGACAAAAUAUCAAAAACACCUUUUUAUGAUGAGGCACUCCAGCACACCACCAUAACCCACAAUCAUUUAAAGAUCAGUGUUGUAUUGGAUUACAUUUGAUUGAAUUGGACUGCUGGUUGAUGAUUUCAAAAGGUAUUCCUGUAGUUUAGGUAUUUCACAUGCCAACUCACUAUUUCACAGGACACUGAACCUUUAGUUGCUCCCAGUCAGUGGUGAGUAGAUUGGGUUUGUUAAACUGACAGUCCCUGCUGUAGCAUCCCCUGCCAUCAGUGUGUGAAUGCUGUGUGCAAGAGCACUUCGAGUGGUCGGAGAAACUAGAGCAGAUUUAUAGAGGUACAUGUCUUCUAACCAUUUCCAUAACCUUAUCAAAUAAAUCAGCUGUUCUACAGUUGUAAGCCUGGCAUUGUAAUUCAACCUCCAAAUCACUGACUGUCUUUGGAAUUUAAUCUUAUUAAGCAGCUGAAAUGUACUUUCUGUAACCUCUGCUGUUGAUUGUAGAUGUCCCUGGCGGAUGAGCUCCUGGCGGACCUGGAGGAGGCCGGAGAUGAGGGGGAGGAUGGGUUGUAUCCAGAGGGAGAGGAGGGGGAGAGUGAUGGAGAGAUGACACAAGGAAGGACAGAGGGAGGGCUUGAAGACAUCCCAGAGGAGAUGGAAGUGGAUUACAGUAAGGCUGAGAAUGUUGGGUCAAUUGCCAAACUUCGCAACAGUAAACAGGUGAGUUUUUCCCCACAACUCUGUGUGAUAUUUAUACUUAUGUGCCUGUUUUGGUUGUUCCCACUUAAUCUUGACAUCUGUCUGAAGUUUUCAGAGAUUAUGGAUAAAAUUUCGGGGUAUGUUGGGAAGCAGCGCAAAAACUCAGAGGGUGAGUGGCACAUUUCCGUGUUUUUGUUUUUUUUAAUUUGGGGUUUUGAUAACUCUUCAUUUAUUUCAAAUGAAAACCAGAGCUUGAUGACCAUGUCUAUUUGUUUUGUCUUUUGUCUUUCUUUAGUCUCGGGGCCGGUUGAGGCUGACCCAGAAUAUAGACUGAUUGUAGCGGCCAAUAACCUCACAGUUGAGAUCGACAAUGAGCUCAGUGAGUCCUCCCCUGACCAUUUGUGAAUGAAAACAUCAAAAUGUUGCUCUUCUCUCUAUAACCUGUGCCUUUUUGACUUUGUUUCAGACAUCAUUCAUAAGUUUACUCGGGACAAGUACUCCAAGAGGUUCCCGGAGCUUGAGUCUCUGGUGCCCGAUUCUCUAGAUUACAUACGAACAGUCAAGGUAAGAUGGUUUGAAAUGUUUGAAAGCCAAAAUGAGAGUAAGGAAUCCAGAGUCACAACUUUAGCUACAAUACUGACCAAUGAGUUCAUAUACAUUUAAAACAAAUCUCUAUAGAGUAUCAUGAAUAUCUAGUUUGCUUUUUCCAUUUUAUUGAAUUUUUGGGGUUUUAGCAUCAUAUUUUCCUCUUGGGAUUUUUGUUCAGGAAUUAGGAAACAACCUGGAAAAGUGCAAGAACAACGAAACUCUGCAGCAGAUCCUCACUAAUGCCACCAUCAUGGUCGUCAGUGUCACGGCCUCCACCACACAGGGGUGAGUUCACCGACCUGUUUGGUCAAUUGAUUUAAUUCACUCCCAUCCACAAGCACAUCAUCCUCACUGCCACUGCUGAGAGCAACAGCACCAUUUAACAGCUGAUCAAUACCCUGACUGUGUUUGUGUUCGAAUGGUCUUAGUUCACAGCUGAGUGAGGAGGAACUGAAGCAGCUGGAGGAUGCAUGUGACAUGGCUCUGGAGCUGAACCAGUCCAAACACAGAAUAUAUGAAUAUGUAGAGUCCAGAAUGUCCUUCAUCGCCCCAAAUCUGUCCAUCAUUGUUGGAGCAUCGACAGCAGCCAAGAUCAUGGGUAUGAGAUCAAAAAGGAUAGAAUUAGAUUAUUAGAAUGCUGUAAGAUAUUUCUCAGCUCAGCCAAACAGAUAAUGUUAUCAUUUGUUUUCCUCUCUGACUGCAGGUAUCGCUGGCGGCCUCACUAACCUCUCCAAGAUGCCUGCUUGUAACCUGAUGCUGCUGGGAGCUCAGAGGAGAACUCUGUCCGGCUUCAGCAGCACGUCCCUGCUGCCCCACACCGGCUUCAUCUAUCACUGUGAUGUCGUGCAGUCGCUCCCACCUGUCAGUAAACUUUUUAUUUACAUAAACAUAGUCUAUGUCCCUGAGUGUAAUUCAACUGGAGGACCUUGUUGCUGACAACACCCGUCAUCUCUUUGUCUUCAGGACCUCAGGAGGAAAGCAGCUCGCCUGGUGGCUGCAAAAUGCACUCUGGCGUCUCGGGUGGACAGUUUUCAUGAGAGCCCAGAUGGCAAGGUUGAGAUCCAGGAUCCACAGAUUAUUAAUGAGUUUUUUGGCAAGAUGUUUAAUAUAAGUCCUGUAAAACCAGUUUAAUUUCUGGGCCUCAUUCUCAUUUAUGGAGGAGCAGAGAAACUUUACAGCAGUACAAAGUCAAGCACCAAUUCAAAACUACUGCAUCUGCCAUUUUAGUUUGUUGAAAUUGAAACUCAGAUUAAGUUUAACGUUUAACCUUUCAGUAACUUGAAAGAAAUGUUGAAUUACAAUCUGAUUUAACUGACAUUUACCACAAUAUGCUGUUUUAUUUUUCAGGUUGGCUAUGAUCUCAAAGAGGAAAUAGAGAGGAAGUUUGAUAAAUGGCAGGAACCUCCACCUGUAAAGCAGGUCAAACCCCUGCCGGCCCCGCUGGACGGACAGCGGAAGAAAAGAGGGGGAAGAAGGUAUGGGACUUCUCGGCUUCUUUACAGAUUUACAUGUAAUCAGGAAAAAUUAAGAAGAUUCUUGAACUACAGGAACAGUUUUAUCUUUAAGGAGUGUUAAAGCAAGACAAAGCUGUAAACUACACUGCAUGUUUGAGAACGACGAGAAGCUUACAUAAUGUGUACUGCCAAGUUUAGAAUACAGCAUCAUGUCUAAAUAUAUAUUCAGUGUAACCGCUCUGCUGCUCCUGUCUCUGUUCCUAAAGGUACCGAAAGAUGAAGGAGCGUCUCGGGCUGACUGAAAUCCGGAAACAUGCCAACAGGAUGACCUUUGCAGAGGUCAGAUAUUUUGGUCCAUGUCUAUAUGCUUCCUUUUCUCAUCUUUUGUUUGCUCACCUGUGCUUCCAGCAGGUUUAAACUCGGUUCAACCCAAAGUUAUUUAUUUUAACUGCAGUAUAAUGCUUGGUUCUGGUUCUGUAAACCACGUGGCCUGCAAGUGAGGAAUGAGACAAAAGGGGUUUAAAUGACAUACGCUGAAAAAAACAACACUGAUGAUCAGAUUGGAUGUUCUUCCCUCCCAAAGCGUCUUGAUACGAACACACAGAUUAAAGUGUAGAUCAUGUCGCUCACCUCAGGUUUAAACUGUGACUCUGGUGAGAAUGACGGUGGCUGACAGUAGCCAUGGUACUCCAACCGUAAAACAGAUGUGGCAACUAUGGGACAGUGUUGUGUUGUAUUUCAGCUGAGGCAGACUCACUCUUAUUGUUUACAGCUAAGCCAUUUCGGUAACACUUGCUCCUGAAAGUGACGGGAAUAGAAAAAGAAACUGAUGACUGGUAGAAGUGUCUAUAUUAUUUGUUAGUGAGAGAAAUCCCUCAGUUUAAGAGUCUGAUGCAAAGCUCCAAGACAGAGAAGUCAUGACUGAGCGAGAGUUUGAGUCGCUCUCUCCAUUUUCAUGACAAGCAUUUUAUUGAAGUGAAAGAAGCCCAGGCAGUGCAGCUCUCAGCUAAAUGCCUGCUGUCUUUUGUUGCAGAUCGAAGACGAUGCAUAUCAGGAGGACCUGGGCUUCAGCCUGGGUCAGCUGGGGAAGAGCGGCAGCGGGCGUGUCAGGCAGGCUCAGGUCAACGAGGCCACCAAGGCCAGAAUCUCCAAAUCUCUCCAGGUAAACUCAUUCAGCUUAUCUGCCCUAUGAUCACUGCGCAGCUGGAUUCUUUCCAGCCUCUUAAGUCUCUAAUUAUUUUCAUCCUCAACAGAGAACGCUGCAGAAGCAGAGCAUGACAUACGGAGGCAAGUCCACCGUCAGAGACCGCUCCUCAGGAACAAGCUCCAGCGUGGCGUUCACUCCUCUGCAGGUAAAUAAAAGUCCCCUCUGUCUGAAAUCUUCUCCUCCGCUGUGUGAAGAUGUAUUCCAGUUAAAACAUGAUUCUCUCUUAAUCUCCAGGGCCUGGAGAUCGUGAACCCGCAGGCUGCCGAGAAAAAGGUGGCUGAAGCCAACCAGAAAUAUUUCUCCAACAUGGCCGAGUUUCUCAAAGUCAAGAAGGAUGCUAAGAUGUGAACACAUGCGCACACACACACACUUGGCUCACUGUACAUACAAAGUUGCUGCAGAGUGUUGGUUAAAUUCAUCUAGAAUAUUUGUUUUUUAUUUUGUUUUACUGCUUGAUCUUUUUUUGCCAUCUGAAUAAAAUAUGUACAAGUUUUAACUGCA